UUAUUUGUUAAUCGUGCGGGGUUUCAGCUUUGGAGGAGAAAUUGCAAUGGUGUGCAGGACAUAUUGAGCUCUAGAGUUAAAAGCUAACAUCAAGAUCAUGGCAGAAGCUGUGAAGAUACUGAGUGGAGGGCUGUCAACUGAACUGGAGAACUCUGGCUUCUUGCUGCAGGGGGACCCACUUUGGAGUGCCAGGCUUCUUCAAACUAAUCCUCAGGCUAUAAAGAAUGUGCACACAAGUUUCCUCAAGAGUGGUGCAGAAGUCCUGAGUACUGCAACUUAUCAGGCCAGUGUUAAAGGUUUCCAAGAACAUCUUGGGCUCAGCAUAGAUGAAGUGGCAGAACUUUUCCAUGUAGGAGUGAGAUUAGCUAAAGAGGCUGCUGCUGAAAUUAAAGACAAUAGAAACAUUUUAAUUGCUGGAUCUAUAGGGCCAUAUGGUGCAUUUCUAAGUGAUGGCUCAGAGUACACAGGAAACUACCUGAGAAACAUGUCUGUUGAGGAAUUAAAGGACUGGCACAGGUUGCAGAUGCAAUGUUUGGCUUCUGCUGGAAUUGAGCUGUUUGCUUUGGAGACAAUACCUGGCCAAAAGGAAGCUGAAGCCCUCCUGGAGCUACUAAGGGAGUUUCCAAAUACAAAUGCUUGGCUUUCCUAUUCCUGCCGGGAUAUGUCUUCUACCAGCUAUGGAGAUGCAUUUGAGAAGGCUGUGGGAAUUGCUCAUAAAUCAAAGCAACUAGUGGCUGUGGGGAUGAACUGCUGCCCUCCUACUUUUGUUAGUUCACUACUAACUUCUGCUAACAAAAACCGAGGACUUGACAUCGGGUGGAUUGUGUAUCCCAAUAGCGGAAAAAUAUGGGAUCAUAACUUGGGUUGGCAAGGUGGCGGUACAGAAAAAACAUUAUCUGAAUACGCUCUGGAAUGGGUUAAUCUAGGUGCAAAAUGGAUUGGAGGCUGCUGCACGACAACUCCUUCAGCCAUUGCAACCUUGCUUCACACUCUGAGGCCACACGCUGCAGAUCUACAUUAAUGUACUUCUUUCUCCCCUUUUGCCAAUAUUCUUAAUUACAUUGUUAUUAAUAAACCGUGAUCUCUUUCUAACUAAAAAAA